CGGGCGGGAGCGGGCGGGAGCAGGUGGAGGGCUGGCGGCGGCGGCGGCGGCGGGGCUGCCGAGGCUCGGCCUCCCGGCCCGGAGCACCGGCUCCCACGUCUCCCCUCCUGGCUGCUCCUGAUGCCCCCCGCCUUUCGCCCUGGCCGGGGGGCCCCCACCUAACCAGCCUCGCCUCCCCGUCCUGCUGGGAUUCGGGGGCUGAGCUGUCUGGGGUCCCAGGGCCGAUGCAGUGCCGCCUCCUCCGCGGCCUGGCCCUCCUCACCCUUCUGUGCAUGGGGCUCCUCUCCCUACGGUACCACUCGAGCCUGUCCCCACAGGGCGUGCAGGAGCCCCCUGGGCUGAGCCCGCCAAGCCCUCUGUCCCCCGAGCUGCGGCUGCACGAUGUCUUCAUUGCGGUCAAGACAACCCGAACCUUCCACCGCUCCCGCCUGGAGCUGCUGCUCGACACGUGGGUCUCCAGAACCAGGGAACAGACAUUCGUCUUCACCGACAGCCCAGAUGAAGGCCUCCAGGAGAGACUGGGGUCCCACCUAAUGGUCACCAACUGCUCUGCUGAGCACAGCCACCCGGCGCUGUCCUGCAAGAUGGCUGCUGAGUUUGACACCUUCUUGGCCAGUGGGCUGCGGUGGUUCUGCCACGUGGAUGACGACAACUAUGUGAACCCAAGGGCGCUGCUGAGGCUGCUAAAAACCUUCCCCCAGACUCGCGACGUCUACCUGGGCCGGCCCAGCCUGAACCGGCCCAUCCGCGCUUCGGAGCCCAGGCCGCACAACCGCACGAGGCAGGUACAGUUCUGGUUUGCCACUGGGGGUGCUGGCUUCUGCAUCAACCGCAAACUGGCAUUGAAGAUGGCCCCAUGGGCCAGUGGCUCCCGCUUCGUGGAAACGUCUGCCCUCAUCCGGUUGCCUGAUGACUGCACUGUGGGCUACAUCGUCGAGUGCAAGCUACGGGGCCACCUGCAGCCCAGCCCCCUCUUCCACUCCCACCUGGAGACCUUGCAGCUGCUGGGGGCUGCUCAGCUCCCAGAGCAGGUCACUCUCAGCUAUGGUGUCUUUGAGGGGAAGCUCAAUGUCAUUAAGCUACAAGGCCCCUUCUCCCCUGAGGAGGACCCUUCCAGGUUCCGUUCCCUCCAUUGUCUCCUAUACCCAGACACUCCUUGGUGUCCAAGCUGAUGGCCAGAUGAACCCUGAACCACUGGGCAAAGUUUGGGAUGAGGCUUCUGGUUGUCCUCGGCCUCUCCAGGCAACCCUGGGGAUCUGCGGCAAGUGCCCUUUGGUGGGCAGGCCCCAACAGGGCCUCUGACUGGUGGGCCAGCCUAGGCUCAGAUGGUGGCAGUGAAGGCAUAAUGGCCUCUGGGAAAUGGGUUGGACAGCCCAGAAAACAGGUACACCAGGUGAGGGCCAGAGAGGCCCCCGGCACUGGGCUUCUGUGGGCCUUGGGUGGCUGAAUUGAACAAGCAUGGGGGUGUCCUUGAGCUGGGCUGGGGCUUAGGGGUCUUAACCCUCCAGAAAAUUACAUGGGCCCCUGGGUGGGAUCUGGUCUCCAUCCCCAGCUCUGGUCUCUGUCAUUCCCCUGGGGUCAAGCACUGGGCCACCCACUCCUGGCUCCCUUGCCUGGAUCCCCAAGCACUGAGGGGACCCAGGUGGACUAAUGGCAGACCCAGUGUCUGUGGAAGAUAUGGUCAUUGCUGACCAGUGUCCAGCUCCUUGUACCAACCCCUUGCUAACAGAUCCUAUUUUGUUUGGAGUAUCGGCAUGCCUAAACCUCGAUGAUGGAUCAUGAUGGAUCCCGGCCAAUUGUGACGAUCCUUUUGCUCACUUUCCCAGCUUCUCUUGCUCAGUCUAUUGGUGCAAAUUAAAGCCAACAGAGAGGCUCCUGGGGAAUAUUUUGCAGCCCCAUACCCCAUCUUCAUGCUGUGAACGUGGGUGUGAUGUUUGGAUCUGAGGCCGUUACCUUGUUAUCAUGAAGGAAGGGCCAUGACAAUCAUGUACACCUGUCCCUUUUGGCCUCUGGUUCUGUAAGAAAAUUAAACCCUUACUUGUAUAAAC